GGACUGUCCUGCACCUGACGCAUAGCCGAUCACGGCUCAAACUGUGCGGCUGCAACGAGAUCUUGGGGGGCCUCGGUGGUACAAAAGCCAGUGGUAGGCGAAGCUCUUGUUUUUAGCAUACGCCACCGGUUUCGAAUUUUGAAGGCUUGAGCCAGGAAUAUGUUUAAGACUGUCAUGUGACAGUUAUGAAGAUGGCGCAUCGUAUUUCUCUUGCAUUCUUUCCAACCGCGACGACCAGUUUAAACCGAUGAGCUUAUCGCACGGACAGUCCACUAAGAGAGGGGUUCAUCAGUACAAAUGACAGGAGACUUGAGUGUUUCAUGGGCAGACUACAUGUGAGCAGACGGGGAUGGAAGCUAGGCUACGCGUGAAAUCGCUAAAUAAAUAAAUUGGCUCAACUCGGUCUACUCCAGCUCGCUUACAGACACUGCAGCAAUAACAGCGAAGAUCAGAUUUCCGUUCAUUACCGUGUAGAGAGACUGGGCUCUGCAUCACAGACUGCAGAUGGUUCGUUUUCGCGGGAAUAAAGAAGAGGGACGAUGAUAGACUGAGGAACUGAAGAUGAAAUUCUAACUGUCGUUUUUGUAAGUGUUCUGACAUGUAGCCCCUACAGUACACGUAGAUCUAUAUGUAGUACAAGAAUAAAAGCUACAUAUAGCCUAGCCCUUCAUCUUGCGAGCAUCCUCCCACGACACCACCGGAAUGGAGAUUGGUUUUCAGGGAAUCUAAAUCAUAUUUUGAAAUAAUGUGGAUCCCAACAGAGGAUGAAAAAUUCGGAGUUGUGAUAAGCAGUUUCCGUAGUUCUGUCAGUCAGUCCCUGGUCUUGGAGCUAGGAGAGACUGUCCAAAUCCUUGAGAAAUGUGAGGGAUGGUACAGAGGUUUUUCCACCAAAAGACCGUCGGUGAAGGGGAUCUUUCCAGCCAACUAUGUGCACUUAAAGAAAGCAACAGUUACCAACAGGGGGCAGUGCGAGACGGUGGUUCCUCUCGAGGACCCAAUUAUCACGGAAAGUACCAGCACGCUGCAAGAAUGGGGGGUGCUCUGGAAGCAGCUUUACGUGAAGCAUAGGGUAGAGCUCUUUCAGAAGCUGCGGCAUGUGAUGACCGAGCUGAUGGACCUGCGCCGUCAGCUGAUCUCUGGUCAUAUGACCCAGGAGCAGAGCCGUGAGGUCAAGCGUCACAUCACCCUGCGCCUGGACUGGGGCAACGAACACUUGGGUUUAGACCUCGUGCCUAGGAAAGAGUUUGAGAUGGUGGAUCCAGACCAGUUCAGUGUAUCUGACCUUUACAAGAUGCAUACCUCCAGCAGGCAUUGUGGUCAGUCAAGUGCAGUACAGGGCCAGCGUCAUGGUGAUGGCUGCCGGGCACCAGUCGCUCACCAUCUAUUUCUCAACCUGAAAAGCUUCACAUACAACAGCAUCAAUGAAGACACAGAGGUGCUUUUCAGUCUCUAUGAUGUCCGGGAGAACAGAUACAUCAGUGAAAGAUUUCUGGUGAAGCUGAAUAAAAACGGUGGCGCACAGAACCCAGAAAAAGUGGACAGACUCUGUGCUCUUUUUAUGGAUCUGAGCACAAAAGAUCUCAAAAAAGAGCUCUAUAUUGUUGCACAUGUUAUUAGAACUGGUCGGAUGUUGCUAAACGACUCAAAGAAGGGACCGCCACAUGUGCAGUACAGGCGGCCGUAUGGCUGUGCUGCCCUGGCCAUGACCGAUGUCUUCAGUUCCAUCACAGAUCCCAAAGAGGAAAAGGACUUUGUGCUUAAAAUCUACACCUGUAAUAAUGAAAGCGAGUGGUAUCAGAUCCACGAGAACAUCAUACGGAAGUCCAGCACUAAAUACUCUGCCCCUAGCACCAAUUAUGGUCUCAUUGUAUCGCUGCAGUUGUUCCGUGGGGAUCUAGACACACUGCGGAGAGAAAAUCAUAUAAUGUUCAGUAGAGGUGUAACGCUCGCACGCAAACUGGGAUUCCCAGAUGUAAUACUACCAGGGGACAACCGAAAUGAUCUGUAUCUGACGCUGGAGCGAGGUGACUUUGAGAGAGGAGGGAAGAGUGUGCAGAAGAAUAUUGAGGUGACAGUGUGCGUCCUGUAUGCGGAUGGAGAAACGCUUAAGGAGUGUAUAAGCGUGGGCUGUGGAGAGCCAAAUGUUAGUGAACAUCGCUCCUUUGUGCUCUACCACAAUAACAGUCCUCGCUGGAAUGAGAGCCUCAAACUGCCCAUUCCUAUUGAACGCUUCCGUGGUUCGCACCUACGCUUUGAGUUCAGACACUGCUCCACUAAAGAUAAAGGGGAGAAGAAGCUUUUUGGAUUCUCCUUCACUCCACUCAUGAGGGAGGAUGGAACCACCUUAGGAGAUGAAUGCCAUGAGCUUUAUGUGUACAAGUGUGAUGAGAACACUACGUUCAGUAAUCAGGGGCUGUAUUUGAGUAUGCCGUGUUGUAAGGCAGACCUGAACAGCUGCCCCGCUGUCCCAGCUUCACUGCCAUUCCAGCGCAGUAAUAAGGAGAGCUUCUGCAUCAGCACCUUACUGGCAUCCACAAAGCUUACGCAAAACGUGGACCUUCUGACCUUGCUAAAAUGGAAGGCUAAUCCUGAGAGAGUUCUGGAUGUGCUUGGUCGCCUACGACUUAUCAGUGGAGAGGAAAUUGUAAAGGUGCAGUUCCUUCAAGAUGUACUGGAUACACUAUUUUCUCUGCUUGAUGACAACAUUGACAAAUAUGGACCACUAGUGUUUCAGUCACUGGUGUUCAUCAUUAAUCUCCUCAGGGAUCCACGAUAUUACCAUUUUCGCCCAGUUAUGGACGCCUACAUACACACCCAGUUUGCAGGAGCACUGGCUUAUAAAGAGCUGAUCCGCUGUCUGAAAUGGUAUAUGGAUCGCUCUGCUGAGGUUGUGCGUCAGGACCACAUUCAGGAUGCUAUGAAGGCGCUGGAGUACCUGUUUAAGUUUAUUGUCCAGUCUCGCGUUCUGUACUCGCGUGCUACCUGCGGUCUGGAGGAGGAACAGUUCCGAGCCAGCAUUCACGAGCUGUUCCACUCCAUCCGCUUCCUGCUCAGCCUGGACGGCCGCAACGCCGAGACACUAGUCUGCACACAGGCUGCGCUGUUGAACAGUUUUCCAGACAUCUUUGAUGAGCUGCUGCAGAUGUUUACUGUGCAGGAGGUAGCAGAGCUGGUUAGGGGCACUCUUGCCAGCAUGCCGGGCACGGUGGACAUCGGGCAGUCCAUGGACGUUGUCAAACUCCAGUCCAUUGCUCGUACUGUGGAUAGCAGACUCUUCUACUUUCCAGAAUCUCGGAGUAUUUUGCUUCCAGUAGUAUUGCAUCACAUCCACCUCCACCUGAGGCAGCAGAGGGAACUGCUGCUGUGUGCUGGAAUAUUGGGCAGUAUCUUUUCCAUCCUCAACACUAGUGCUCAGGAGUCUUCCUGCGUACAGGAGGAGGUGGAGAUGAUGGUAGAGAGCUUGUUGGACGUGCUCCUGCAAACACUUCUGUCCAUCAUGAGCAAGAGCCAGGCAGUGGAGAACAGCAGAAGCCAACGUUGUCCCCAGUGCACGGCAGAGAUAACGGGCGAAUAUGUGUCCUGUCUUCUCUCUCUGCUGAAACUGAUGUCAGAGCUGCAUUUCCACCAUCUGCUCAACAACUUCCACAGCAAAGAUGAACUCAAGGAGUUUUUGCUGAAGAUAUUUUGUGUGUUCCGGAACCUAAUGAAGCUUGGCGUCUUUCCAAGAGACUGGAGUAUUAUGCGUCUCCUCACCAGCCAAAUCAUUGUAACAACAACCCAGUAUCUGACUCCUGCACUUCAUAAGAACUUCUCAGAUGCAGACUUUGAUUUUAAGGUGUGGAACUCCUUUUUCAGUUUGGCUGUACUAUUUAUUAGUCAGCCAAGCCUGCAGCUUGAGUGUCUUAGUCCAGUCAAGAGGAAGCGAAUACUGGACAAAUAUGGAGAUCUGAGAGUGCAGAUGACGUAUGAGCUCUACAGUAUGUGGCAGAAGCUGGGUGAUAAUAAGCCCCACUUCACCCCUGGGAUGAUGGGUCCAUUUCUAGGAGUAACCCUGGUUCCUCAGGCUGAGGUCCGGAAUAUUAUGAUUCCCAUUUUCCACGACAUGAUGGACUGGGAACAGCGCAAGAAUGGAAACUUCAAACAGGUGGAGGCAGAGCUGAUGGAUAAGCUGGACAGCAUGAUGUCAGAUGGGAAAGGAGAAGAAAACCAUAGAGAACUCUUUGGAUUAUUGACCCAACUCUUCGGACCAUACCCUAGCCUGUUGGAGAAAAUGGAGCAGGAAACUUGGAGAGAGACAGGAGUGUCUUUCGUCACCUCAGUCACACGCCUCAUAGAGAGACUUCUGGAUUACAGGGACAGUGUGAGAGGAGAAGAGGCAGAGAACAAAAAGUUGGGCGCCAACAUCAUGAAUUUCUACAAGUGUGAGAUAACCAAAGAAGACAUGUACAUCCGCUACAUACACAAGCUUUGUGACCUCCACCUACAGAUGCAUAACUACACAGAGGCUGCUUUCACAUUGUUGCUGUACUGGGAGCUGCUGCAGUGGACUGAUCAGCCUCUUCGAGACCUCAUGCAAUACCCUGCUGAGAGCCAAUGGCAGCGCAAAGAAACCCUCAGCAGAAAGAUACUACAUUACUUCAACAAGGGCAAGUGUUGGGAGUAUGGGAUUUCUUUGUGCAGGGAACUGGCCCACCAGUAUGAGAUGCUAUAUGACUAUCACAGCCUGAGCUGGAUACGGAAAAUGGAGGCCAGUUUUUAUGACAACAUCAUCGAGCAACAGCGUGUGGAGCCUGAAUUCUUCAGAAUGGGCUUUUAUGGACGCAAGUUUCCCUUUUUCCUGCGUAAUAAGGAGUUUGUAUGUAAAGGGUAUGACUAUGAGCGUCUAGAGGACUUUCAGCAGAGGAUGCUGACAGAGUUCCCACAAGCCAUUGCCCUUCAGCACCCCAACCACCCAGAUGACAGUAUUCAACAGAGCGAUGCCCAGUACCUCCAGAUCUAUGCUGUGACCCCAGUGUCAGAGCUUUCUGAUGGGCCGCUAAUGGACAGGGUGCCUGAGCGGAUCAAAAGCUUCUACCGCAUCAACAACGUCUCCCGUUUCCACUACGACCGGCCCUUUCACAAGGGCCCCAAGGACAGGGAGAACGAGUUCAGGAGCUUGUGGAUCGAGAGGACCACUCUGAUCCUGUGCCGGCCAUUGCCCGGCAUCUCGCGGUGGUUUGAGGUGGAGAGGAGGGAGGUGGUGGAGGUUAGCCCUCUGGAGAAUGCCAUGUACGUGGUCGAGAACAAAAACCAGGAGCUGCGAACCCUAAUCAGCCAGUAUCAGCACCGGCAUCACCACGGCAACAUCAACCUGCUUAGCAUGUGCUUGAACGGCGUGAUUGAUGCAGCGGUGAACGGAGGCAUAGCACGCUACCAGGAGGCAUUUUUUGAUAAAGACUACAUGAGUAGCCAUCCGGAAGACAUGGAGAGAAUCGGCCAGCUCAAAGAGCUCAUGCAGGAACAGGUUCACAUUCUGGGAGUUGGCUUGGCUGUUCAUGAGAAGUUGGUACAUCCGGAAAUGCGUCCCCUGCAUAAAAAGCUGAUAGAUCAGUUCCACGUGAUGAGGAGUGGUUUAUCCCAUGAUACUGCUGCACUCGAGAGGUUCUGUCCUUCAGGUAUGAGGAUCCUCCCACCAAGUCCAGAAAGCAGCCGAAUAAUUCACAGGCACAGUCCCCUGGGCUCUCUCCGCCUCCCCAGUGCCCACCCUCCCAGUGAGGGCGGGCCUUUAAUGAUCUUAACAGACGGAUUAAUGGACCAACCAGAUGAUACCCCGCUCAUGCAGCCUAGUCCCUCAUCCUCCAGCCUCAGUUCCAUACGCUCCUCUUCUUCCCAGAUGCUAAACUCCGCACCUUCUAGUGCAAGAGGUUCUCCGUCUCUAUCUGAUAAGAACAAGAAUAAUCGGGAGCUGCUAAUGUUGCUCCCUCCCCACAGAGAAAGACCCAACAGUGCUGUUUACUUUGGCAACACUGAGAAUGGACAGAUGAACAGCAACAUUCAGCGCUCUCUUCUGCAGCAACAUAGCCCAUGCAAGCCAUGUACGGAUUCUCACUCAGGCCUCCCAGAACGAGGAUUCCCCACAGCCCCCAGCAGCUGGAGUUUGGAUGGAGAAGCAGGAUCAUACGCCCAAAACCCCAGUGCUCUGCCAACACCACAUGGCUCCUCCCGCACCUUUCCACAGGGUCACUUUCUGAUGCACUUUGAUGCAUUCCAGCAUCAGAUGAGUGAUCAUCUGCCAGCAUUGCCGGUGCGCUCACUCAGAAAGUCUCCUCUGCACCCCAUCCCUGGCUCUCCCACCAGUCCUGUGUCAGUUUUGGGUGGCAGUAACUCCACACUUUCUGGCAGCGCAAGUAGUGGCGUCUCCUCCCUCAGCGAGAGUGUGCACAGUCACGCUGACACACCCAGUCGCCAUGUUAACACUCAAGGGGACCCCUCCAGUCGCCACGACAGCGGCGUCGUGAGCCACGGCAACUCGUCCAGCCGUCACGACAACCCCAUGGACGCUGCCCCCGUGCAUUACUGGAACCCUGACGAGCAGCUGAGCUCCCAGUACCUGCACGUGCACUUCAGCGGAGUGCCUGAGCACAUGCCUGAGCACGUGCACUACCCUUCCAUUCCUGAGCACGCUCAGUACGGUCAUGACCACUUUGGUGGUACCACUGAGCCCGGCCUCUACAGCCCAGAUGCAGAUCCAGCAGAACCCCAGCGUCCGUGCCACCUCCGCCCAGCUGGGUUCAACCCAAUGCAGGACCACCACCACCACAUCCACCACCAUGCCUCCCUGCGCCGGUCUGGCCCCCCAACUGUGCCCCCAAGGGUUGGGCUGCGGGAGGAGGAGAACGUGGGGGUGCACCCGGUGCCUCUCCCACGGAGAAUAUUCCCCCCUCACCGAGCAACCUGGGAACAGGGCAUCAGAGAAGAGCAAGAGGAGAAUGCGGGGUGAGGAGAAGGUGCGGGGACAGAGAGGAGAAAGGCCGGAAGGUGAUGGGGGUAAAGAGGACAGACUGAGGUUAGCAGGGAGGAUUGGUCCUUGUGUUAAGAGUCUCUGUACAGGAGACUAUAUGAGAAUACAUGCAGCUUUCCUCUAGACCAAGACUUGCAACACAGAACCUAGAGAAAACAAAACCAUGAUUCGGCUUGCGGCACAUGCUUACAAAUCAUACUCUGGUGUCCAAAAUGUCUGUGAGCAUGGUUUUCUCGUACCCUUUCAAAAGAAAAGCUAUAUUUUGUGAGUAUGGUGAAGAAUAUACAAUAGACAAUCUCUGUAGUCUCCUUGCUUUAUGUGGUCCUCGGUCUUCUAAAGUGGCAAAAAAGAGGGCUUUCCUCUUCAAGUGCAAUGCUUCACAAAAUGGUAACACUCCAGUUUGACUUGAAAAUUGAUCUCUCAACCCGCAUAGAUUCCAAACGUUUCACCUCUUCACAGAACAGUUUCUCUCUACAGCACUUUCCAUACUUCAUAGUCUUGCAAAUGUUCAUAAAGCAUCUGAAAACUGCAAAUUACCACAACAAAUUCUCUUACCGUUCAGACUUUCAUACAGGUCAUUCAUCAGACAAAUCAGGUAGCAGAAGGAACUGUUUGCAGUGCUGAUACUCCCAUGUCUCAUGUAUGUAUCAUAACUACUUUCUUCCCAAAUUCCUUGCAGAUAGUCAGGCUGGUCAGUGUGGUUGUAAAUACUGUAUGCUAUUGUAUUGGCUACACAUGCACAUGAUUCUCAUUUAAAUCACCUCUCAUUCAGGAAGCAUUUAAAUGCAUUAUUUUGGUUGUAAGUGAUCCAACAAGUGCUCAUUACCUCCAAUAACAAGUUUUAACAUGGCAAACAGAACUGUAAUCUAGUUUGGCUUGGGUUUGUUUUUGAUAGGUUUUUCUUGGAGUGUUAUAGCUUGUACUCAUGUGGCCUGUUCAACAAGGAUGAGAAAUACUACCUUUUUCAUAAUAAAGAAUUUCAACCAAAUUCAGGGUUAUUUUCCAAAGUUACUGGGAACGCUCCCCAUCCAUUGCAAUCUUUGUAGGACAAGACAUGCAGAUACAGAACCUCAGGUGUGUUUGAGUGUUAGAUGCUAAUGUGCACCAUGCCUACACAGGAACCACACCAAAAAUCUACAGUGCAUAUUAUUACAAUGUACAUUCAGUCACUGUACAUACAUAAGACAACUGGUGAUACAUGCUUUUAAAUAAUCACACACCUUCAAAGCUGUUGUGUCAUUGUUUCAUGUACAUAAUUCAAAAGUGAUAUAUGAAGAUUAAUGAAACUUCAUGUUUAUAUCGGGCAAACUACAAUAGAUUGUGAUUGUCUCCUUUGUCCUAGACUUAAGAUAUUAAGUCUGAAGAAAAAUAAAUCAUUUAUACUCUUUUCAAUGUGCCCUCUUGUACAUAUUGUGAAAGCAUGAAUAAAUGGUGUUAUGAAUUUUA